UGGAAAUCUUGCGACUUUGUGAUCAGCGAGUGGGCCGGGUCCCAGGUCCAGCAGCCCCCACGCCGCGACUAACCCGGGGGCGAAGAAAAGUUUUUUCUCCGCUUUGGGACGGUCUGGUGUGGUUGUGACUGUGCCCAUGGGCGGGUUUAGAGGAAGAGGAACGACCGGAAAAUCAUCAUCUGAGCGUCAGAGAAGAGAAGAAAACGCAGGAAGUUAGUUCUACAAGGCCUUUGGUCCCUGCCUCUCCCGGGUGACUCAUCUUAUGGAGCCAGCUGCCUCUCUGCAUUUCUCCCUGCCAAGCUCCCUUCUCUUCUUCCACCUGCUCAGCUUGCUGGCACCAGUCUCAGCCCAGUUUACUGUCCUGGGGCCAGCUGAUCCAAUCCUGGCCAUGGUGGGAGAGAACACCAAGUUACAGUGCCACCUGUCACCUGAGAAAAACGCUGAGGACAUGGAGGUGCGGUGGUUCCGGUCUCAGUUUUCCCCUGCAGUGUUUGUGUACAAGGGCCGGCGAGAGAGAACGGAGGAGCAGAUGGAGGAGUACCGGGGAAGAACAACCUUUGUGAGCAAAGAUAUCAGCAAGGGGAGCGUGGUGCUGAUCAUACACAACGUCACCGCCAACGAAAACGGCAUCUACCGCUGUUAUUUCCAAGAAGGCAGAUCCUAUGACGAGGCCAUCAUACAUCUGAUGGUGGCAGGCCUGGGCUCUAAGCCCCUUAUUGAAAUGAAGGGCCAUGAGGAUGGAGGCAUCCGGCUGGAGUGCACAUCUGUAGGGUGGUACCCAGAGCCCCGUGCAGUGUGGAGGGAACCUUCUGGUGAGAUCAUGCCGGCCCUGGAGGAGGCUUACACUGUGAACGCAGAUGGACUCUUCAGGGUCACCAUGGCUGUGAUUAUCAGAGACCACUCUGUGAGAAACGUGUACUGCUCCAUCAACAACACCCUGCUCAACCAGGAGAAGGAAACUGUGAUUUUCAUCCCAGAAUCCUUUAUUCCCAGCACAUCUCCCUGGAUGGUGGGCCUGGUUGUCAUCCUGCCUUUUCUGCUUCUCCUCAUCACUGGGAGCAUCUGUCUCAUCAGGAAACUCAAGCGGGAAAAAAAGUUUCUGUCUGUGCAAAAAGGGGUUGAAAAUGAAGAGAAAAAAAUUGCACUUAAGGAACUAGGGAAACAACGUGUGGAAAAAGAGAAAGAACGUCAAAUAAAAGAGCAACUUCAAGAAGAAUUGCGAUGGAGAAGAACCCUCUUACAUGCGGCUGAUGUGGUCCUGGAUCCAGACACUGCUCAUCCCGAACUCUUCCUGUCAGAGGACCGGAGAAGUGUGAGACGGGGCCCCUCCAGGCAGAGCAUACCUGACAACCCGGAGAGAUUUGAUUGUCAGCCUUGUGUCCUGGGCCUAGAGAGCUUCUCCUCAGGGAGGCAUUACUGGGAGGUGGAGGUUGAAAACGUGAUGGUGUGGGCUGUGGGGGUUUGUAGAGACAGUGUUGAAAGGAAAGGGGAGGCCUUGCUGGUUCCUCAGAAUGGCUUCUGGACCCUGGAGAUGUUUGGGACCCAGUACCGGGCCCUGUCCUCCCGUGAGAAGAUUCUCCCCCUGAAAGAGCGCCUUCACCGGGUGGGCAUCUUCCUGGACUACGAAUCUGGAGAUGUGUCCUUCUAUAACAUGAGGGACAGAUCGCACAUCUACACAUGUCCCCGUUCACCCUUCUCUGGGGCCCUGAGGCCCUUCUUCAGGCUGGGGUCUGAUGACAGCCCCCUCUUUAUCUGUCCAGCGUUUAUAGGGGCCCAGGGGGUCACAGUGCCCGAGGGCGGCUUGGUCCUUCACAGGGCAGAGACCCACCACAGCCUCCAGGACCAGUUCCCUGGUCUCAGAGCCAAGUAGAGAAGCCCAAGCCACCGCUACUACCACAGCACAGCACCACCCCCGGGGAGGAAAACCACCCUCCUUCCUCUGGUCGCAGAAGAGAAUUUCCUCCAGAGGUCCCCUGACACCCUUCAAGCCCCAGCCCCAUCUCUCCCUCAUUAGGCUGUUGCUUUUGUUCAUUUGCAUGUAACCAUGGGGCAGGGGCCAGUCUCGGACACUAGUGAUGCCACAUAGCUUCCAACCAAGAAGAAAGUGUGAGAAAAUGACAGGCAGAAAACCGGCUGCUUUAACAUCAGAGCGAAGCUUUCAGCCUGAUACUGGAGUUGACAUCAGAGACUAGGAUUUGGGGCAAGGGCAAGAGGAUGCACUAGGAUGUAAGAAGGGAGGGGGAGACCACAAAUGGAGGUCAGAGAUAGAGGAAGUGAGACCAGAGAGGUGGGCUAAGGCUAUGGAUGUAUUUAAGCCCCACCAUUACAGCAAAGGGGUCCCAGGAGGUGAUGAUCCACUUCCAAGCCACCAUCAAGAUUUCCAGAUCCCACAGUAAAGCUCCCCAGGCCUAGACUGGGACGGGAGGAAUGAAGGACAAGGGCACAUCUGGUGCCACACCUGGUCUGGCUCAGGUGUCCCUACAAUAAACAAGGAGUCAGUACUUAGUUAUUGAGCAUGGGCUAAGGUGUAAGGUCCCAGCUGAGCAGGUCACCAUCGGACCAAGUGGAUCUCAAGGUUCAGGUCAAUGGGAAGAGCAGUGCUUUCCAGCUUUUUGGCCUCAGGAUGCCUUUAGACAUUUAAAAAUGAUUGAGGACCCUAAAGAGCUUUUGCUCAUUUGGGUUAUAUCUAUCAAUAGUUGUAACAUUAGAAAUUGAAGCUGAGAAAAUUUUUUAAUGUAUUUAUUUAUAUUAAUAUGGUAAAAAGCCAAUUAUAAGUUAAUAUAAAAACAUGUUUUAUGAAAAUAAAAACUGCUGUUUCCGAUGCAAAAUAAAUUUUAUUGAGAA